AAGGCAUCUGAAAUUGCUAUUGGAUCUAGACUCCCCCCAUUAGUUAAAACCACUGAAGAUGAAGAUAAAACAGCAAGAGCUAUUGAAUCCAGGGCUCUAAAAAUGGAGGAUGUUAGGAAUCCGGAUGCAGGAGAUGCCUUGCGAAGAAACACCCAGGGAGGGGAAAAAGGGGAAGACUCAAGAGGAAAACCCUAAAGAGAGACCCCAAAAAAUGGAGGGUUUGGUGUCGCGCAGCUAUGACUCGAAACGCUUCCAUGCAUUUGCUGAUGCAGUGGUCAAGAUUUAUCUGGAUAAUGCUGGUGAUCUGGGAAAAUUCUACAGUAGCGUAAAUUUCAAUUUUAACUCUUCCCUACUCUCUUUUAUUUUUGCUGUAUGGUUGGGCGGGCUGACGCCCCUGGUUGAAUACAAUGAGAAAAAAAUAUUUGAGGUGAAACUGAAGGAAAUGAAAUCUGCUGUAACAAGCCAGAUAUUUGAGGAAACUGAUACAUCUGAGGCCAUAGAAACUGUCAAGCAACAUUGGUCUGACAAGAACCAGCAGCAGAAUGCUAAUGCGGCUCUGCGACAGGUCAGAUUUAGCUUCUUGCCUUACUUUGCCUGUACCAAUCCCGUUGCUUUUCCUUCAUCUGUUAAAUGGGGCACUUGUAAAGACACAAAACUUGGAUUACUGGUCAAAUCAUGGGCAAAACUUUUAAAUACCUUUUGUACCAGUGGAAAACUUGAGCUGGAACUCAUAUACAGAGUUCAGAUGCAAUGCUAUGAGGAUGCCAAGCUGAUGAAGCUGUUCCCCAAGAUCAUAAGGUCUCUCUAUGACCAGGAUGUGCUUGCAGAAGACACCAUUCUUCACUGGUUCCGCAAUGGAAUGAGCCCUAAGGGCAGGCAAACAUUUGUCAAGGCCAUGGAACCCUUUGUGAACAGGCUGGAAGAAGCAGAAGAUGAGGAAUAAAUUGGACCUAGUUCCCCUGGUUCUAUUUGCUUGUAUCAAUUCUUGAGGUGUCCUUUGGCAUAAGAUAUCUCAAGAUCUUUGACAUCUGGUGUGACAUUGUGAUGUGAACAAAUAAUUGGUGGGAUUUUCACCUGCAAUAAUCAAUCACUUUAUGCUAU